AUGACGAGCGUCGAUGAGCUGUUCAAGAAACCAACAUCGGCAGCAACUCCCAAGCGCAAGUUCGAGCCCGUUCAAGAUCCCAACGAGCUCUACAAGGCGGCAAAGCUGGACGCUAAUGGCGAUGUGAAGUCCAAAGGAAAGGAGGCAAUGGUGGAGGACGAGGUCGACGAUGGUGAAGCAGGGCCUGAGCUCCCUCCGGACUUUGACCAGGAAGACGUGCCGGACGACGAAGAGGGGCGUUUCUUUGGCGGAGGGAUGGAACAGAAAACAGCUCAAGCGAUGCAAUACAUUGACCAACAAGAGGAGGAGGAAGCUGCGCUCGAGAAAUUCGACUCUGCCUGGGUGCGCCGGUUCGCCCUUAGUUUCGAAAAGAAAAUAUCCAAGAACGCUGAACUCCGAGGCAAAUUUGAGAAUGACCCGCAAAAGUUCAUGGCGUCUGAGGCCGAUUUGGACACUGAAAUCAAGGGAUUAUCUAUCCUGUCCGAGCAUCCCGAAUUAUACCCAGAGUUUGCCAAGAUGGGCUGCGUCGGGUCUUUGGCUUCGCUACUCUCGCAUGAGAAUGCUGAUAUCGCAAUCGAUGUGAUUCAGAUCGUCAGCGAAUUGACCGAUGAAGAUGUGGAGGCCGAGCAGGAACAGUGGGAUAGCUUGGUCAACGCAAUGAUGGACGCCGACCUUAUUGAACUCUUAACGCAAAAUCUCACUCGUCUCGACGAAAGCAGCGAGACCGAUAGAGCGGGAGUCUACUAUGUGCUCGGCGUACUAGAAAACCUCGCAUCUCAAUCCUCACUUGCAGAGACGAUUGGUCAGGAUGCCAGUGUAUUACCAUGGAUCCUUUCUCGUAUUCAACAAAAGGAGAUGCCUGUGAGCCAGAACAAACAGUACUCAGCGGAGAUCCUCGCAAUCCUCCUACAGUCAUCCGCGAAGACCCGAGGGAAGUUCAUUGGUCUUGAUGGUGUCGAUACUCUCCUUCAGCUGCUCAGUCAAUAUCGCAAACGGGAUCCAGAGAAGGACUCGUAUGAGGAAGAGUAUGUGGAGAAUCUGUUUGACUCCCUCAUUUGCCUCGUGGACGAGGACUCGGGGAAAAUCAAGUUCCUUGAGGCCGAGGGCAUUGAGCUUGCCCAGAUUAUGCUCAAAGAAGGCAAAUUCAGCAAACCCCGUGCCCUGAGAGUCCUCGACCACGCUUUGGGGGGAGUUGGAGGUGCUCCCGCAUGCAAGAGACUGAUCGAAGCAGCCGGGCUAAGAACGGUGUUCGGGAUGUUUAUGAAGAAGCAAGAAAAUCAAAACACUGAACAUCUUUUGGGCAUAUUCGCCUCGCUUCUUCGGCUUUUGCCCGGUGGCUCUGCUGCGCGCAUUCGCACAUUGGCCAAAUUCAUGGAAAAGGAUUACGAAAAGAUUGAGAAGCUCAUCAAGCUCAGACGUGAGUAUGCCGCGCGCGUGUCACCUGUUGAACAGGGCAUCGAAAACGAGCGUAAAUCCUUUUCCAAAGAGGACCAGGAGAUCAUGGCGGGCGAAUGGCUGUCCCGUCGUUUUGAUGCUGGCCUAUUCUCCUUGCAGACCAUUGACGUUAUUCUGGCAUGGCUGAUUGCUGAGGAUGAUGGCGCCAAGAAAAAGGUUGUGUCUCUCCUCGCAGACCGAGAUGAAGAUCUUUCUCUGAUCAAAGCUACCCUGCAAGAGCAACUCGAAGGACUCGGUGAGGAUGAACCAGGGCAGAAUGAUUUCAAGGAUAUGCUGGGCACACUUCUGCAAUUCCUGUGA